AAUUUUGUUUUUAUUUUUAGCGUAGUACUGAAAAAAAAAUUGAUCCUUUGGAUAUUGCUAAAAGAAUGAUUCAGCAAGAAAUGGAUUUACCAAUAUUAAUUAAGCACUAUAUAUCUGAUGCUAUAGGUUUUGGAGUUUUUGCAAACAUGGAUAUUCCAAAGGGAUCAUUUCUAUUAGAAUAUCCCGGUGAACUUGUUGAACAUUAUGAAGGAGAAAAAAGGCAAAGUUUUGCAGAGGAAAAUAAUCUGGGAUGUUUUAUUUAUUUUUUUUCUUUCAAUGGUAAACAGUACUGUGUUGAUGGAACAUAUUCUUCUCGAAUGGGAAAAUUUGUCAAUGAUAGUUCACCAUCUUAUUCAAAUUGUUUUGUUAAAAUUGUUUCUGAGAGAAAUGUUCCUCAUUUAUGUCUUUUUUCAACAAAAGAUAUUCCAAAGUUUACAGAAUUACGAUAUAGCUAUGGGGAAACAUCUGGAUUAUCUUGGCGAAAGCAGUCUAUUUACAAAAGACCAUUAAUAUUGACAAAUAUGGAUAAUUUUGUAAGAACUUUAGACACAGAAAAUCGUAUUUCAGAUAAUAUUGACCACUGCAAUGUUAAAACCACAAACUGUGGCAAGCAACAGCUUUCUAAUGAUAAUCAAAGUGUUAGUAUGAUGAUAGAAUCAGAAAGUCCAGUGCAAAAUAUUUAUUCAUCUAUUCUGUUAGCAGAAAAUAUUGACUUUGUAAUUGAAAAUGUUCAAACCUGUGAGAAAUCCACUCUUGAAACUUCUGUACCCAGUAUGAACCCAGAAUGUAGUGAUGGAAAUAGUAUUCCAGGUUAUGUAAAGUGCAAAAUGGAAAAAGGGUUAGCUUUGAAUAAUAUUGACAUGGUUGAAGAGGCUUUAACAAGCUGGAAAAAUGAAAGUGCUAAAAAAUUGAUUAAAGAUAGUUUAGAUCACAAUCAAAAGUUGAAAAGACGAAAAGUAAAAUGUCCAAAAUGCGAUAGACCUAUUGUAAAUUUAAAACGACAUAUGAUGUCCGUGCAUAAAUUAGAUGAAGCUCAAGCUAAAGCAGCACGUGUAAAUUUUGGUCUUAACAUCACGAAAAAAAGUGUAAGUGAAAGUUAUAAAAAGAGAAAGUAUGUUCGACGCCAGUGCCCUAUGUUUUCAUGUGCUUUGGCUCCAAAACGUCUCGAAAAUCAUUUGAAACAGUAUCACAAACUUGAUAAAGAAAGAGUUAAAAGGUACUUAUUGAAGGCCUGUCCACUAUUAGAAGAUUUUCCUGAUGAGGAUGAGGAAAUUGUUUCUGAAAGAUUGAGAAACAAUUUAUCUUCUCCUGAUUCAGAUUUAUAUUUAUCAGAGACAAGUGAUAGUGAAUCUUUUACAGAUUCAGAAGCAAAGGCAAAACAAGAAUGGUUUUUUACAUCAGAAAUUUCUAGAAAAGGGGCAGAUUUUCUUAACAGUUCAGAAGAUGAAGAUUGGUUGGCUCAAGAGUAUAUGAAAAGGAGAGGUAUUCUGCCUGUAAAAGAUAGUACUUCAGCAAGUUCCACGAAAAUAGUUUUAACACCUGAAAAAGAUUCAAUUAUGAAAAAUGAUUUAUUAAGUUCCAGGGUAUGAAUUUUAACAACUAAUUUACUUUUGGUUUAAAAUAAACUUUAAUGAAAACUGCUGUAUCUUAUUUGUAUUUGUAUUUUAAUUCUUUUAAAGGAAAGUGAAAGUGAUGAUCAAAGUGAUAAAGACUUUGAAGAUAUUGAACAGCCUUUUAUUUUAUCU